UGAUUGGCAGUCAAAUGGGGCUGAGUGAAAGUAAAAUUCAUUAUUCUACUGAAGCACACGGUCGAGUCAACAUCACCGCUUUCAGAUUGAGCUACUCCUUUGCCAACAUGAAGUUUGCUGUCCUUUGCCUUGCCCUUCUUGCCGUGCUUCCAGCGGCAUAUUCCAUCAAGUGCUACGUGUGCACUGACGAAAAGGCCAACUGCAACAAGAAUGAAGUGGACUGCUCUGUGGCUGGCGAAAGCUACAAAUACUGCUUGAAGGUCAAGACAGGAGACGCGGUCACCAAAUCAUGUGCCAAACAGACCCAAUGCGACACAUUCAAGAGUACAUGCGACAAAAGUGACGGCAAAUGCGUGGCGGCCUGCUGCAAUGACAAGGAUCUCUGCAACAGCGGUCUCACCACCAAGCCCAUGAUGCUAAUGAGUCUGCUCAUGCCCAUUCUCCUUCUAGUGCGCUCAAUGUGAGCCUGAUAUUGGAUAGCCUGUGGUAGUUAGGAACAUGGCACCCGAUCUUUCAGCCAGUAACAAUACUGUGAAACCUUAAAGAUUUGAUUUUGAAUUUGUAAGAUGUGAUUUUCGUGUCAUUAAAAUAAAAAGGUUUAGUCCUA